GUGUCGGCGGGGGCGGGGCUUGGAUAGGGCGGGGCUAAGGCUUCCUCCCUUGAUCUUGUCCCCCCAGCUGCAACAUAACCCCGGAAGCAGGGUGUCAGGCUCCGGUGCAGUGCGGCGGGGGACUGCGGCUCGAGCCUCAGGUAACAGCAGAAGCAGCAAUGUUUCACUUCUUCAGAAAGCCUCCGGAAUCUAAAAAGCCCUCAGUACCAGAGAUGGAAGCAGAUGGAUUUGUCCUUUUAGGAGAUACAGCACAUGAGCAAAGAGUAGCAGAAAGAAGCAAAGCUUUAGAUGUAGAAGGCAACCAGCAUUUGGAGACCAGCAAAGAGAACUCAUCCAGUGUGACUGUAGCAAGCCCUGAGACGGAAAAUAAGGCAGGCCAGACUCUGGAAAACAGCUCAUUAAUGGCCGAGCUUCUGAGCGACGUACCCUUCACCUUGGCCCCACAUGUGCUGGCCGUGCAGGGCACCAUCAGAGACCUUCCUGACCACUUACUCUCCUAUGAUGUCAGCGAAAACUUAUCAAGGUUUUGGUAUGAUUUCACUCUUGAAAACUCCGUACUCCGUGAUUCGUAAUCUUUACCUCUGUUUGCAUCUUAACAGCUCUAAAGACAAGUUUGCCUAUUUUAUUUAACCUGUCUGAUGUUCUUAGCCAUUUCACUAUUUAAGGCCCUGAAAGGCCCUCAGAAAAGCAAGGAUCAUAAAGCAAAUAAUAUUAUAUUCAUUGCUCUAUUUUUUUAGACAAAGCAUAUUUGUAUAAAAAUUGAACUUAAGAUCAACUUCCUUUCCCCCACAUAAUAUAAAAAUUAGUUUAUCAAAGUUUUAAGAAAGGAGUAGUUUCCAUCAACCCAUCUCUCAAAACACAACACCUCAAGUUUACGUUAGAAUAACUGUGAAAAAGAACUGAGGCAUUUUCUUUAGUUACCACAACCCUGAAGUCUCUCUUACAGUGAAUGUGAUUUUUGUUCUCUAGUUUGGAGGAAGAUUGAAUUGAUGUUUUUCCUUCCACUGUGUUUAUGAAUGAAUUCAGAAAAAAAAAAAAAGACAGUUAGCUUAAUUUCUUCAGUCUUGACUUAGACAUUGCUAUGAAAAUUUAAAACUUCUCCUAGGGAGCAGUGGUAGUUGGCUGUUGCUGAUACAAGAACAGUGGUUGGCUCUUUCUUCAUAGUGACACAUUUCAGUGUCCUUAAGCCCACAGCAGUCCUUUCCACCUUGAAGGAGUCCUGGGCUCCUGCCUUUGUUUUUUUGCUACUUCAGGGUGGGCUCUCCUCCCAGUUUUCCUAAGAAUAUCCCCUGCCUUUUUCUUCGUUGGCAUUUGCUGUCCUUACGACCUGUGUUCCUGGUUUAUGAAGAGAUGCAUAUUUCCUUUCAACCUCUCUCCCUCCCAGAGAAAAACAUCUCAUGAUGAUACAUAUUAUUGCUGAUAACACCCUUAUUUAGAAAUUUGUUGGCCACAAUACAGAUGGAAAUGUUUACUGCUAGAAAAACUGCAGUCUACUCAUUUCCAAUUAUAGUCAAAACACCUAGAUAGAACUUUCAGUUCUUGAAUAUCCACUAUUUAUUCCAACUAAAACAGAAAAGAACUGCCAUUGGUCCAUAAAUUGUAAAGGGAAGGGGUAAAUUGUGAUAGAGUAUUUUCUAUGCCAUGGAAAAUUUAAAUCACAUUUGUUCUGAUUAGCGGCAAUACAAUUUAUUGAUUCUAUGCCAAAUCUUAAAUACAUUUUUUCAAAAAGAUAGAGUGCCAUAGCAAAAUGAAACACUGUGCAUAAAGGUACAUGAAUUAUUCAAGUUUUAAUGUGUCACGCAUGUUUAAUAAAUGUGGUAUGGUCUUGAUAAAAAUGCUAUAUAUUUCAAAGUUAAAGGAAAAUUUCUAUUAAAAAAAUAUGCUUCAUUUACAAAUAAUUUUACCAUAUGAGGUAAAUGAUUAAAUUAGACCUUAACAGAGUUUUCAUAAAACACCAGUCUAGAAAAAUCUAAUUUAUUACUAAGUCAAAUGUGAACAUUUUAUAGCAGUUUUUGUGAAAACAUGUCUUUUGUCAAUAUCCAUAUUCUCUACCUUAAAGCCAAAUGUAAGCAUGACAUCAAUUUGUCUAUGUGUUAAAUUUUGUCUAAAAUACUUAUACAUUUCAUUUAUAUGUAUAUCUACCAUGUUAUACAUAUGCUUAUAAGCAUUUUCAUUUGUCUAGAAG